GGGCGGGCAGGCGGUGAGCCCAAGAACGGUAUUUUUCUGGUCCCGACUCAUAGCUUGCGUCUCUCCAGCAUUCACCUUAUCAUGGCGCUGUGACGCUCAGACAACAGACAAUAGCUAGCACUUGAUUUUCCGCUCAUAUCAUUUCGCCGGCCAUGUCGCGCUUUGGAGCCAAAAAGGGCAAUCGCGCGCCUGGCGCUGAAUUCACCUGGGAUAUGGACCCGGGGGGUGUGCCGGACACUGCUCCUACUCCAUUAUAUCCAGCAUAUGUUGUCCCGUUUGCGCGCAAGCUCUCCGAAAAAGAACAAAGUGAGGUGGACUACUACCGACACCUCCGCGAAAGAUUCCACGAGGGACCCUACUACUCUGUCCUCGACACCUCUUCCUCCUCAGCCAAGAAGGGUAGUGCUGCGCGCGCCAACUUCGAUCCCUUCCACGGCAUGCCCUCUUAUUCCGGACGAUACCAGAAGAAAAGAAGGACACUUCCCAAGGUUGCAAAUAUUGGUCGCGAGUAUGAAACACGAUACUUCCCUCGCGAGCUCUGGCAGACCAUUAUGCCCAACUUCCGCCCUAACGCAUCCAUCGACGGUUAUCACGUCCAGGCAGCUGCGAUUGGAAUCAAGCGUGGGUUCGAGGAUGAUGAGGAUGAGGAAGAUGAGGCCGCCAAGCGACGCGCCACCGGGGCAGAUGAAGAUGACGGAGAGGGAGACGUUGAUGAGGGCGAAUUGCUAGAAGGCGAUGAAGAAGCCGAAGAGGAGAUUGUGGAUGACGACUUUGAAGAUGAUGAGGAUGACAUGGGUGGUGAUUACAACGCAGAACAAUACUUCGACGGCGGUGACGACGAAUUCGGCGAUGAUGGCUUUGGCGAUGGUGGAGGCGGCGGUGAUGAGGAUACCUAUUGAGGCGCGAACUGAAGAUACCCUUUUCCUUAACAUUCUUUGUUCCAUACAUUCUUGUGUCUAUUUUUUGAUGCCAAAAUUCAGCGUUACGGUCUUCUGGGUUGACCUGUCAAUCUCGUUUGAUCUGCAUUAUGCGGCCCUUCAGGCUGUUCGGGCGUUUUCUGUUCAUCUAAUACGGUUGUCAGUUUCAACCUAACCACUCAAUGAUUACCAGAC